AUGGAACAAAUAAAAGCGGAACGUCAAGUUUGGCACAAGAACUGUUUCCGGUGCACAACAUGCAACAAACAAUUAACACUUGAUAUUUAUAGUAGCCAUGAAGGUAUAUUGUACUGUAAACCACAUUUCAAGGAGUUAUUUAAGCCUAAAGUAGUAGUUGAGGACGAAGAACCAAUUAGACGCAAGAAACCAGAAAUGAUAAUACGUGAAAAUCAGCCCUUGGAAUUACCGCCUGACGUGGUUAGAGCCAGUGAUAAACCGGAUUUGGGCUUAGAAGAAUUGAGCUCUUUAAACGUGAAAUCCCGUUUUCAAGCUUUUGAAAACGCCACCACCAAUGGUAAUAGCCACAUGGAAAAAUCUCCAGUCAGUGUUAAACGUUCACCAAGUAUAUUGAGUAAAUUAGCUAAAUUUCAGUCGAAAGGAAUGGAUGUAGGAGUUUCCAAUGAUGAUUUGAACGGUGCAUUCUUUGAGCCCUCGUCAAGCAGUGAUACUGAAGAUGAAGAUACCGGGAAUGAUAUGUUAAAAAAUAGUAUUUCUAAAGAAAAACCAAUGAGUUUUGACAAAAUGAAGUCUUUUAAACGUAACUGGGAAAUGCGCCGAGAAGAAAUGAAAGAGGAACAUCAACAAGAAAUACAAAACAUAGUGUCUAAAUUAUUUGCGGGAAAACAAGGAAAGAUGAAACAAAUGUAUGAACAGGCUGUGGCUGAAAGUGAACGUACUGGUGUUAAACGAGAUAUAAAUAUAAACAAAUCUGACAAAGCCAAAGUAAUCAAGGAGAAAUUUGAAAGAGGCGAAAUUGUAAACACUGAAAGUGAUGAUAUAGAUGAAAACAGUAUUAGUGUAUCAGUAAAUGAUGAUGAAGAUGAAAUGAGUGUUUUUGAAGCGGGAAUCUCUAAGAAAUCAAGAAGGCUGUUCAUGGAAUUGGAUGCUAAUGCUGUAAAGACUAAACAAGCUGCACCAAUUGUGAAUACUAAAAAAGAAUAUAUUCCUAUAAAACAGGUUACACCAAUAUACAGUCGUCAAGUGUCUGAUGAUGUGGUCAAAUGCAGUGACCGCAUCGAGGACGUUUCUGUGGAAACAGCUGAAGUUUCUUCAAAGUUUAAGUUCUUUGAAACAUACAAGCCUCCUGCAGUCAUUAAGAAACAAUUCAGAAUUACACCCCCACGAGAAGGCCAAAUUAAGGGAGAAUCUCCAGAACGUGAUAUUUACCGCGAUCCAAAUGUGGUGCGCAGUGAAGACCCAGUUGAUGAGACAGCGGAACUAGUCAAAAGUAAUACGACCGCUAAGAUGUUAUCCUUGUUUAGACAGAUGGAAGUUGCCAGACCAGCUGUACCUGAAGGUCUUAAACCACUUAAACGCUUUACUCCUCCACCACCAGACCUUAAGGAAUCAGAGACGAAAUCAGAAUCUGUUGAUGAUGUGAGUGGGGAAGAUGAUAGCGAUGAAGAAUCUUCAAGUAGUGAAACCAAUGGUGAUGUUGUGAAAUCAUCCCUAAAAGUUGAAGACGAAUUUUUGAAAAAUCAAGAUCACGACAGCCACGCUUUCACGCUCUGCGAAUCUUGCAAAAAGAAAGUGUAUCCCCUGGAAAAGGUCGAGAUUGAAGGCAGACCGUUCCACAGGUCGUGCUUCAGGUGCACGCAAUGCCAAUGCGUCUUGAGAAUGGACACGUUUACAUGGAAUAACAAACGUCUGUACUGUUUGCCGCAUUUCAAGCGGCUGUUCAUAUCCAAAGGAAAUUAUAACGAGGGAUUUGGUGUUGAUCAACACAAAAAGAAAUGGGAAAACGGACAUAUGCAGCAGGCUCUUCAACUCGCCGCCGUCACCGCCGUCACCGCCGACUCGACAGCUGAUUAG